CAGGACGCGCCAGAACCCGGAAGUGCCGGAGCACCGGAAGCGGCAGAAGGCGGAAGUGCCGGCGGGGCGCGAUGGCGGCGGCGGUGUCGGCCCUCAGCAGCCUGGGGGUGCCCGAGGCCGAUGUGGGGAGCGAGGAGGAAGAGGAGGAGGAGCAGGCAGAGCCCGGCCCGGCCGCGGCGAAGGCGGCGGAGCAGAGGCGGGAGGAGCGGCUGCGCCGGUUCCGGGAGCUCCACAUGAAGCGGUACGAGGCCUGCAAGCUGAACAGCCAGGAGGUGGUGGAGGAGGACAAGAGGCUGAAGCUGCCCCCGAACUGGGAAGCUAAAAAGGCUCGGCUGGAGUGGGAGCUGCAGGUGCAGGAGAAGAAGAAGGAAUGUGCAGCCCGGGGUGAGGACUACGAGCGGGUGAAGCUGCUGGAGGUCAGCGCUGAGGACGCCGAGAGGUGGGAGAGGAAGAAGAAGAAGAAAAACCCCGACCUGGGCUUCUCAGACUACGCGGCGGCGCAGCUGCGCCAGUACCAGCGGCUCACCCGGCAGAUCAAGCCCGACCUGGAGCAGUAUGAGAAGCUCAAGGAGCAGCACGGGGAGGCCCUGUACCCCACCUCCAACAGCCUCCUGCACGGCACCCACGUGCCCUCCAAGGAGGGCGUGGACAGGAUGGUGGCAGACCUGGAGAAGCAGAUCGAGAAGAGGGAGAAGUACAGCAGGAGGCGGCCCUACAACGACGACGCCGACAUCGACUACAUCAACGAGAGGAACGCCAAGUUCAACCAGAAGGCUGAGAGGUUCUACGGAAAAUACACAGCUGAGAUCAAACAGAACCUGGAGAGGGGCACGGCCGUGUGAGCCUGCCUGGCACUGCUCAGAGCCUGGGCUGUGUGAGCCUGCCUGGCACUGCCCAGAGCCUGGGCCCUGUGAGCCUGCCUGGCACUGCUCACACAGAGCCUGGAGAGGGGCACGGCCGUGUGAGCCUGCCUGGCACUGCUCAGAGCCUGGGCUGUGUGAGCCUGCCUGGCACUGCUCAGAGCCUGGGCUGUGUGAGCCUGCCUGGCACUGCUCAGAGCCUGGGCUGUGUGAGCCUGCCUGGCACUGCCCAGAGCCUGCCCUGUGUGAGCCUGCCUGGCACUGCUCAGAGCCCGGGCCCUGUGAGCCUGCCUGGCACUGCCCAGAGCCUGGGCUGUGUGAGCCUGCCUGGCACAGCUCAGCUCAAACUGAGCCUGGGCCCUGUGAGCCUGCCUGGCACAGCUCACUCCUGCCUCCUCUGUUGCCAUUUUCUAUUUUAAAUUGUAUCAAAAGUAGAUUUUUGCUGUUGCUGUCUCGUAGUGUGCUGAAGGAUGUACAGAAUUCAGCUGUAAAUAGCUUUGGCUGCAGGAGUAGCCAGGUUCUGCCUUUCAUGCUCUAAAUAAACUCUUUGCUCUAAUGUG